CGACUUGGAAAGCGCUCACGAUUGAAGCUCAACUUUACCUACUUACUUCCACGGUCAGACAGCAUUUUACAUCCGAGUCAACGUGACAGUCAUGGCUGAGCAUCCGGCAUUCACACUAGCGGGCCUGUUGGCUGGCGGCGGCACCUUCGGCUUCUACCGCACGCGUUCCAAGCCGUCUCUCAUUGCAGGCCUGACUCUCGGCGCCAGCUUUGCCUGCGCAGGAUAUCUCCUCAAGAAGAACAAGGAUUACGGCGCCGAGCUUGCGUUGGGUAGCAGCGUCGUCCUGCUGGGAGCCGGCGCCCAGAGGCUGGUUGCCACGCAAGCCAAGUCGCGCCCGGCCAUCGGCCUCAGCGUCGCCGGCGCGCUGUCGACGUACUACUACCAGAAGAAAUUCAGAGAAUUCCGCUUCGGUGUCUGAACUGAUCAGUUUGCCCUGCCUCAAUUUCACGCGCGCAAAGGAAGGGAGGGGAUGUCGAAUCGUGUUUCCUUUUCCGUCCUCCCGAGAAACCGAGGGAGCCUUGUAACAACAAUUAGAUUCGACUUCUCCGACGAAUAGCAAAUGUCUUGGAUUACGAUGUGGUGUAGGACUUAUGUUGUAUGUGUCUAGCAAACCGGCGCUGUCCUCAAGGCAGCGCAAAUCGCAGACGAUCAAGUUGAACAAAUCCAAGAG